AUGUGCGACCCAACAUGGAAACGUGGCGCCGGAUCCGAAGUCGCCACAACAGCUACUGAAACUCAGAUAAUGAAGCCAACGGUAGUUGCCACGUUGAGAGAUUCCAGCCCGACGUACGCUGCAAACAGCACAGUGCUCCUUCAGACUUUUCGUGCAUAUGCAGAAAGUGAAAGAGAUCGAAGGCUCACACGCAUUCUGAUGGAUGGAGGCAGCCAACGCACAUUUAUUAAGAAGUCAUUGUCGGAGAUGCUUAAAUGCCAAACCUUAGGAGAAGAAGAGUUAACAGUCCACACCUUUGGCUCUACAUCAACUAUCCAGAGAAGAUGCCGCAGGGUGCAAGUAUGGUUGCGUAGCCAGUUUGACCGUAACGAAAUCGCAGUCGAGGCGCUCGAGAUGCCAGAAAUUUGCACUGAUGUCAUGCGAGUGCCGAACAACGACCUCAUAGCCAAAAUGGAACGGGACGGUCUCUGCGUAGGUGACGUUCCGAUGACUAACAUCGACUGCGACCAUGGAAUCGGAAUCCUCAUCGGAGCAGACUGCUAUUGGAGGGUCGUCACCGGAGAGACAAAGUAUUUGAGCGAAUCAUUGGUGGCUAUCAAUACAAUCUUUGGUUGGACUUUUCAAGGACCGGUACCAACAAGUACAGUAACAACUUGCACUAAUGUCUGCGUCAUGAGAACGGUAGUUGACCAAAACGAGGCAGACAUAUCGAACGAACUGAGACGAUUUUGGGAACUAGAGCAUAUGGGUAUACAAACAAAGGAUACGGUUUGCGACAAGGUAAAGGACACUAUCGUGCGAGAGUUCGAAGCAAAGAUAAAGCAAAAUGAAGACGGAAGGUACGAGGUACACAUACCGUGGAAAACCACUGAUCCCUGUUUGCCAACAAACAAGCGAACUGCAGAGGAAAGACUGAACUCGUUAACGAAAAGGCUUUUGAAGAACCAGCACGUCAUGAUGGAGUACGACACCACUAUUCGGCAAUAUUUGAAUGACGGACACGCCGAGAAAGUUGAUAUCAAAGCAAACGCCGACGGACCAGUCUUCUACCUGCCUCAUCGGGCUGUAUUUAGACCUGACAAAGCAAGUACUAAAGUGCGCAUCGUGUUUGACGCUUCGUCCAGUGCUUCGGACUGCCCUUCGUUGAAUGACUGCCUGGAAGUUGGACCAAACCUGAAUCCUGAUCUCCUGGCGACAAUUCUAAGAUUCCGUAAGCACAGUGUUGCCGUUACAGCCGACAUUGAGAAAGCAUUCUUGCAAAUUUCUCUUAAUCCGAACGACAGAGACGCUUUCAGAUUCAUGUGGUACACUUUCAUGACGGAGAGCGGAAGACCACUGUCCGAGAUUGAGGUGUGGAGAAUGACGAGGGUGCCCUUUGGUGCCGCCUCCAGCCCGUUCCUUCUUGCAGCAACACUUCGUUAUCAUUUCAACUUAAUGUCUAGCACGUACCCCGAAACCUGCAGGAAACUAACGGACGGCUUCUAUGUGGAUGACUUGUGA